AUGUUCGGCAGCCCCGACGCGAAUGGUACAACACCUCGACGGAAGCCAACAGAUCCGCCGACACCCUCGGCGUGGCAGACUCUCCUCGACGCCUGCGCUCGCCCUGAACCGAGUAACCCGCUGUUGGUUGGUGCUGCGACCGCCGUGCUCUUGCUCGGCAGUAACCGUCUCUGGCAUCGCUACGGCCGCCGCAUCCGCAACGUCGACGAGCUCGCGCCUGCAGACUUCGCUCCGCGACGGCUUAGGGGUGUCGUGACCAGUGUCGGCGACGCAGACAAUUUUCGCCUCUAUCAUCGCCCUGCUCUCCGACCCUGGUCUCGUCCACCGACAAAACGCCCAGACCUCAAGGGCGAGACACUGCACGUCCGCCUCGCCGGCAUCGAUGCUCCCGAGCUCGCUCACUUUGGGCGACCUUCACAGCCGUAUUCUCAAGAAGCGCUAGAGUGGUUGACGGCGACAGUAUUGGGCAAGAGGCUGCUCGUCGAGCUCCACCAGAAAGAUCAGUAUGGACGGGUCGUCGGGAUGGCCUACGUCCGCGUCUUUCCCUGGCUGAGACGGCGCAAUGUGUCGGCGAUGAUGCUUGAAGCUGGCUUCGCUACCGUGUAUGAGUCGGCUGGCGCAGUGCAUGCCGGACAACUCGACCGCUUUCGGGCCUUGGAGGCCAAUGCCAAGUCUAAGCGCAAGGGGAUGUGGGUUCAGAGCGCGCGGGCGUACGAGAGUCCAGCGGCGUACAAGCAGCGAUUCCGUAGUCCAUAG